AUGAAGAUGCGAUUACAGAUAAUUCAAUUAAUGGUGGUGACACAUUUAAUCUCGUAGUCCUAAUAAUUCCUUUUUGGCCCAAAGCCUACUCCUCCUCCUCCCAAAUGUGAUAUUGAUUGUAUGGCUAAAUGUAUGACUAAACUAAAAGCUAAAGGUAUAAUCUUGGAUUAGUUUGCUUUAUGCGUGCCUAAAUGCAAAUGUGAUCAGAUCCCUAAGGAUAGAAGACUUGAUCCGAUAUCAAACUAAUCAUCAGGAGUUUCUCAGUAUAUGAUGGCAGCAAAGUAAGUUGGUUUAGAUAAUCUCAUCGAGCAGCCUGAUGUCUUAAACCCUGCUUAUUUGCCAAGAUUUCCCUACUAGGUUCUAGUACUUAAUCAGGAGAAUUAAGAUUUAAAUGCCAUUAGUGAUCAUUCUAUGUAGAGUGGUAAAAAAGCUAUAAGGUAUCAUGUUGUUAUUUUGAUACUUCUAAUGUUAUGUCUUUUCUUCGGACUGUUUGCCAUUACUAUUCUGAAGGGUUAAAGAAUUUUGGGAAAAUUAAGGCUAUUAAAGUACUAAAUGGCUUUCAAGAUCAAGGACUUUGUCAAUAUUAUGUUUGGCUUCAGAAGAAAGAGAACAUAUAGCGAUGAUAUUUAAGAAAGUUCCUCUUCCAAUGUUUAUCUGCUUUUGAAAUGA